GCGUUAGAUGCAGAAGGAUGGUAGAGACAAAUACAAGUAUACUGACUACAAAAUCGAGGAGUGAGCAGCGGCUCCGAUCUCUUUAUCAUCACUUUUGUUUGUUGCCAGGACCACUCGUGUAGAUAAGAUGGCUACCUCUGCCAGCUCAAAGCUCAGCAAAGAUGUGAAGCAGCGCUACAUGGAACUCCCUCAGGGAGACAAAGUCCAGGCCAUGUACUUCUGGAUCGACGGAACCGGCGAGGGACUUCGGUGUAAAACGAGAACACUGGACUUCGAACCCAAAAGCAUUGAAGAUCUGCCUGAAUGGAAUUUUGAUGGAUCAAGCACCUACCAGUCCGAAGGCUCCAACAGCGACAUGUUCCUCAUUCCAUCUGCAAUGUUCCGGGAUCCAUUCCGCAAAGACCCCAAUAAGCUCGUCCUGUGUGAAGUGCUGAAAUAUAACAGGAAAAAAGCAGAAACUAACCUUAGGAAUUCAUGUAAGAAUAUUAUGAGCAUGGUAGAGAAUCAGCAUCCAUGGUUUGGGAUGGAGCAGGAGUACACCAUUCUUGGAACAGACGGACAUCCAUUCGGCUGGCCCUCUAAUGGCUUCCCUGGUCCUCAAGGUCCUUACUAUUGUGGUGUGGGAGCUGACAAAGCUUAUGGCCGAGAUAUUGUGGAGGCACACUACAGAGCCUGCUUAUACGCUGGUGUGAAUAUCUGUGGGACAAAUGCUGAAGUUAUGCCAGCUCAGUGGGAGUUCCAGGUUGGUCCCUGUGAGGGAAUUGAAAUGGGUGACCACUUGUGGGCAGCUCGGUUUAUUCUGCACCGAGUCUGUGAAGAUUUUGGUGUCGUUGCUUCAUUUGAUCCCAAACCAAUUCCUGGCAACUGGAAUGGCGCUGGCUGCCAUACCAAUUUUAGCACAAAGGAAAUGAGAGAAGAUGGUGGCUUAAAAUACAUCGAAGAUGCCAUUGAGAAGCUUAGCAAGAGGCAUCAGUACCACAUCCGUGCCUAUGAUCCCAAGGGUGGGUUGGACAAUGCCAGACGGCUUACUGGUUAUCACGAAACCUCCAAUAUCAAUGAGUUCUCUGCUGGGGUGGCCAACCGUGGAGCCAGUAUCCGAAUCCCAAGGUCUGUGGGUCAGGAUAAGAAAGGCUACUUUGAGGACCGCCGUCCUUCAGCCAACUGUGAUCCAUACAGUGUAACAGAAGCCCUGAUUCGCACAUGUCUGCUCAAUGAGGAGGGGGAAGAGCCUCAGGAUUACAAGAACUAAAUGUUACAUGGACACUUAAUUUUUUUUUUUUUUUUUUGUAGCUAUAUUUUUAAAAUUGUUGGCCUAUUGGUCUAAAGCCAGUACUGUAUUUUUGUUUUCUUAUUUGAAACUUUCUUUUAUGACUGUCCUGUGGUCAACAUUGGGGCUUGAAAGAAAAGACAGUAGCACAGUUCAUAUGUUAACAGCUUCCUAGCAAACAUAAGUUGACAGGUCAACUUACUCUAAAGGAACUAACCACAAAUACAAAUUUAGCCUGUGUAUUAAUUUGUAGAAAUCUACAAUAUGCACAAACUUCUCUUUAAACUGAAGAGGUUCUAAUUGAUGUAAACCUUUAUUGACAAAUGGGUGCUUAUUUCUUGGUAUCACUUUCUGUCUGGUUUCCUUGUUGUCUGUGGUGGUACCCCACUUGGGAAAUCGUCAGUUAAGAGUUUCGGCCCUGGGAAACCAUUCAUUUGGGCAAGAAGAUGACAAAGGGAUUGUAGGGAUGUAUUGUUGGAGAAUGUUCUGCCAAAACAAGCUAGUUAAGAAUUGGUUAUGCACUUUUGUACACUUGAGACUGUUAAUUCAGUUAAAGUUUGGCUUUUAAAAACCAUGAUCUGCUGGUGAAACACUAAGCAGUUAAAGUAUGUUAUUUUAAUAUUUUGUAACAUACUCUUUCUGUUGUGUCACUGUAGUCCUUAUAAUGUAUUUUAUUGUUUAUGUUGUAUGGUACUACAGAGUUUUAUAAGGAUCCAGUUUUAGGGUUUUUUCAUCUGUUUAAAAAUGGGGGGACUUCUAAACAUGAAUGUUUCAGCCUGGAUCCACUUUCUGUUCUGUGUUGAAUUUCACAUCUGA